UAUGCAGUGAACGAAGUCAAAAUGUGUCUACUUGUUGUUAAGCAUAAUUAGUUUUAACUAAACAGUUGAAUUUAUGUUUUGUAUGGAUCCCUCGUUUUGCAAAUCUAGGAAUUCUGAAGCAACCUGGUACUUUUUGAUAAUCUAGAUUUCAGAACCAACGGAUUUUCUAGGUCAUUUUAACUUGAUAUAUUUACUGACGGUGAUCUAAACAAUUUGGUUUCACUUGAUUUUUGAUGUAGAGACCGUCUUAAACGGCGCCAAAACUUUUGCCAGCAAGUUUUAUGAUUUUUCGAACCUAUUUUAUAGAACCUUUUUUUCUAUGAGUAAUGACAGGGAAAAAAAGCCGUAUUGGUAGAUAACUCCAAAGAAUGAAUUGUUUUGUAAGCACUCAACAUUGAUGCUGACCGUUUUAGUGUUACAAAACACUGGCCAGCUGAAGAUACUCGAUCACGUAUACACGUCAGACCCAGUUUUAACUUAUUACAAGAUGCUUCUCCUGUUGUAAAUACUAGCGUAGAGGUUUCACAUUACGCUGCCGACCGUCAUCCGCCUCUUCUAUAUAAGGCUCGGGUCAUCUCAUCAGGAGAAAUUUAGAUCUUCAAUGUGUUUGCAAACGUUGCUCUACCAGGUGUCUAUAUAACAGUUUCUAGCCAAUUUACAACGGUCUCUAAAACAUAGGGACAAAUGUUUUGAAUAUCACAUACUGUAUGUCGUAUUUACUUUCAUAUUAGGCCAUCAAAAUUAGAACGACAGCAUAAAACCCUAAAUAUUAAAUAAGACAGUCUCUUUCUUCAGAAAUUAUGUUUUGUCGCACAUCUUUAUGAUAGAUAAACAGGUUUUUAAGUGCUAUCUCAGUUUUUAUCACAGUUUGAAAAGACUAGUCUCUCAAGAUUAAUUUAUACAUUUUAUAUUUUAAUUCGGGUUUACGAGCUUUCGUAACACUUUUGACAUUUUGUGAUGCUUUGGAGUUUUCACCGGAUUUUCGAUGUGGUGAUUUCUUCAUUGUAUGAAUAUUACAAUUCUAAGCUAUGUAACUCUAAAGUCAACCAAAAUUUUCAAAGUUUGUUACUAGCUUUGAGGAACAAAAUGUGUUAUAUUUCGUUCGUAGAUUCCAUGACCUAGUGUUUUUAUGUACUGAUUGUCAUUCUUCACCUUUCUAUUGUUUGGAUUGGCCUUUAUAUAUUUAUUUCCUAUCUCAUGAAAUGAUCCUAAACAUAUUAACCUUGAUCUCUAUAAGAAUUAUUUUAACUUCGUGGAGUUUACAGAAUUCAGGUGUUAAAACUUCUAAAUGCACCGCGUUUUGCUUUGAUAUUUUCACCCUUUGUUUUCUUUUCGAAAAAUGUAUUUUAAUGAUCAGGUAGAACUCAGGUUAGUAACUGCGUUGUGUUCUUUUUAUAGGGAUAUAAAUAUUAGUGAUAAUAUCAAGAUUCCUUCAGAUUACUUUUGAUUUCUGGCUUUGAAAUUGUUAAAUAGUUCAGUUUAUGAUAGAAAGACAACAAUUGAUUUUAUUCUUGGAAUGCAACUAUGUUAUUUAUCUCAGUUCACAUAUCGGAAUUCGGAUCGAUUAUAAAAUUUGCAAAUAUUGUUCUCACAUCCUAAACUACCAAGGAUCUUAAAUUUGUGAUAUUGUUGAACAAUAAACUUGUACCGUAAUGGCAUUAAGCUGUUUUUCUCGCUUAAUAUGGGAGCAGAUAAUGAGCUGUUUGCCACCAGUGCACUUUUAUGAAGCCCGUUGUAUCAUUGGGGAAGAUCUUAUUGAUCAGACAUUGGAAUUAAAAUCUGAAAUUAUUUCUGUUUUAGAACUAGCCAACAAUAACGAUUCUUUUCUACCAACCUCUCUAGAUUCUUCAAAUUGCUCAACUGACGUGGAAUAUUUCACUUUCCUUUAUUUAAAUUCCAUCGAAAAAUCGAAGCACAAUAAUCCUGAUCAAACAUUUGAUGGUUUGAAAGAAGAAUCUGAACUUGAAUAUUACACUCGAAAAAUAAGAAAUGCUAUACUUGCAGAAAUCUCACAUUUGAAAACUUACUUACAAAAUAUUCAGAAUUCUCUUUUGGAAAACUUUAGUACAUUAAAUCAUGAACAGGAAAAUAUCAGUCAAACCCUUCAAGUAGAUUCAAUAUCAUCCAAACCAAAACCAGUUCACAACAAUUCAGUAACUAACCAGAAACUGUCUUGCGGUUUAGAGUUCCUCCUUAGUCAAAAUUCAAUUAAUGGGUUACUUAGCAAUUCAAAUGUUCCUUGUUCAUCAGUUUCAUUGUCAAAUCGAUCAUCAAGUGACACUUCCUCUUCUUCAUCCUUAUCCAAUAAAUCUAAGAGAAAAUCAGUUCAUGAUUCGUUGUCUCUUCAUCAGAAUUCGAAUCACUGUAGACAAAUGCAAAUGUUGUCUUUAGAAAAUAACAAAGCUAUUACAAAUAGUAAUAAUGUCCUACGGAAAUCAAUAACUACCUACAAAUUAUCCACCUCAGAGACAAAACAAUUACAAAAUGAUACAAAUCAAAAAUUUGAUGAACAAAUUCAUUUACCUGAUAUUUCAAAUUCAUUUAAACAAUUAAAAGAAAAAUCUUAUUCAAUCAAUAAAUCUCAAAUAACCAAUCAAAAUGUAUUAUAUAAAUCAGAUUCAAAUCAAUUAUGUAAUAUAAAACAAAUAUAUUCUAAUGAUAAUCGUUAUAAUUCAGCGCAAAAAUUUCGACAAAUGAUAUUAAAAGCGCGUCAAGAUAGCGGAAAUUAUUAAAAAUCAAUUCUAUUAUUGAUUGUUAUUUGUUUUUUUCCAUUUAAUUAUUUUGAUGAUAUUAAAUCGAUAAUAUUGAUUUAUUAAAUAAAUAAAUUUGUAAAUAUUUUUUUAAAAUUUUCAAUAAAAUAUAAGAAAUAAUUGGUUGUAUUCAUUUUGAUUUGAUUUUUUGUUCAAGUAUGUUCUACUAAAAAGUUGGGGUAAACUCAUUUCAACCCCUCAAGUUUACAGCAUUUUCGAUCUUCAUAAUCAUGGGGCUUUGAAAAGAUGAAGUGAAAUAAUCAAGUAUUAAAGCUUAACUUA